CGUUUUCUUUUUCACUCGGACGAGAGGAACAAGCAUCGACCAAAUGCGUUUGGAGAAUGGCAAGGUACCGUAUAGUCGUCCCGAAGUAGUCUAUUAAUCUAUUACAGUACCUUAUAAUAGCUUUACAAUAUGGUGAAACAUUCUGUGUUUGGCGUGGAGCGCGACAUUGACAUUCCAGCGAAUGAGUUUCCAACCGAGUCGGAAUUGGAGGCCAUGGAAGCGCCCUUGACGGCAGCUGGCUGUCAGCAUGAAUGGUUUGAAUCCACCCACGACAAUCUGCAGCUUCACAUUCGGAAAUAUCUGCCCUCUGAUGAUAAGAAAAAUCCCAAAGCGAUUGUCAUUUUUAUGCACGGCUUGCAAUCUCAUUGUGGAAUGGCCUACGUCAUGAGCAAUGGACGCCUCGUCAAUAACGCACUACUCGCCGACCACUACACCAAACUUGGAUUUGCGGUAUACGCAUUCGAUCUCGUGGGACAUGGCUACAGUGAAGGCGCCCGUCAUGUCAUGCCCAGCACCACCGUCUUGGAACAAGAUUUGGUAGAGUUUGCCAAACUCAUCACCAGUCGAUACCCAACCGGAACACCGUGGUUUCUCACGGGAGAAAGUCUUGGCGGAAACAUUACACUACAAGCAGCCCGAUAUUUUCAAGAUCAUCCCGAGGAAUUCCCAUCUGGAUUCCAAGGAAUUGUUCUCUUUUCUCCCGCAAUCUACCCCGACACCAUGUAUGCUCCGGCACAAUGGUACCUGCAGUUGUGCGUCACACCCUUUAUCCCCAAUUGGAGACCUCCGGCUUGCAUUCCCAAUCCUGUUGGCCCUUCCAAAGUGUGGCGAGAUCCGGAACGAGUGGCCAAGGGACUGGAACACAACCCCAUAUCCGCCCAUUGCAAGCAUCCACCGUACUUAUCAUUAUGGACUUUGACCGUGGCAAUGAGGGUGGUGCGAGAUCAAAGUAUUCCUGGAUUGACACUGCCAUUUUGUGUGGUGCACGGAGUCAAAGACAGUGCUAUACCUGUGGUGGGAUCCGAGUAUUUAGUGGAUAGAGCAUCUACCCCAGAGUCAGACAAGGCCCACAAAUUCUAUGAAGAGGCUUUUCAUGACUUGUUGGCGGAACCAGAGGCAGAAGAGGUGGUGACAUUUACAUCCGAUUGGAUGAAUCAACGCUUGUCUCAAGCAAACUAGACUAAUAAAAGGUCGUACGUAACUUUGCUACAUCUACACAGCCAGGUAGCUAGAGUGACGGUUAUCAAGGACAAUACUUUAGAAUUUUGCCAUCUCAAAUUUGCAUCUGCAUCAUCUGUUCGGAAUUGAAUACAGCACAACUGAGCACAUGUAGUACCUAAUGGUUUCACGCCUUGAUGAGGAUCGCGUUGCGAUGACUAAAGUAGGUA